AUGACUCAUUCGGUCGAUUACAAGUCUUUGUUCCUGAAAGCCGAGAAGAAAUCAAAGAAAGCUGACGAAGAACGAAGGAAAGCCGAGGAGGGAAGGAGGCAGGAGAAGAUACUGAGAGAGCAGGCAGAAGCACGAAAUCGCCAGACUACCUUCGAAGAAUUUAUUCAAUAUUGUCAUAAUCUUCUUUCAAAGCCUCUAAAAGCCGGAGAUCCCGCUCAGUCUACUACUGGCAAGAUUCCCUCCCCUACCGGCAAGUACUGCCCUCUACGACUGGAAUCCUGGACAGAUUGUGUCUCUAAGCAACAGCGGGUUUACAACUCAGUUCGUCAAUAUCUCCAUCCUCUGGGCAGCGAAGCACCGCGAUUAUUCAGUCCCUGCAUUGUACUAGAAGAGUACGGGCAGCGUUUUGCCGCCCGACCCAUCACGAGCGAAAAGGACCUGGAGGUGUAUGAGCGUUUCGCUGUGGAAAAUCAUGUUUUUGAUAUUAUCUCAGCGCUGUGCAAGAUACCGAGUGCUCGGGAGGAAUUCGGCCUAGGGGACGGGGUGUGGUUCGACAACCACGCCAAUGCUCUUGACGAAAAUACCAGGACCUUGUUGACUACAGUCGAGUACAAACCGCUGUAUAGACUGUCUAACGAGAAUCUUAGGGCGGGACUUCGACCGAUGAACUUUUACUACGAGAUUGUCGACCCAGAAACAGUUCCUACUGACGGGCCGGAGAAAUUAAGAUAUAACGCCGCUCACCUUGCCGGCUCUGCGAUCGUUCAGGAAUACCAUGUGAUGAUUCAGGAAGGUCUGGAGUACUUAUACUUGACUACUGGGCUUGGGGUUGUGCUCCUACGGGUGCCCGACGACUGCUCGACUUUGUACUACUACUUGGGCGAGCCGAAUCUCGACGUCGAGAGUGUUAUUGAGGGCCCUCGGACAGCAAAAGAGAGAGUGCUUUGUCUGUGCCUUAUGAGCUUCCAGUCGGCCUAUCGAGAUCAAUCCUGGCGGAACGCUGCUCGAUCACAGCUCUCAAUCUGGAAAACUAGUUUCGGCCAUGCACGAUCCCAAAUUUUACCGGGCGAGUUGCGACAGAAGCCUCCAGGAUCCGAUUACACCAGCCUGGAAUAUACUAGCUCGGAGAUGACGUCAUCUGAAUACCAGCCAUCAUCUCCUUUCAAAUCGCCUGCCUCCCUCAGUCGCCGCCCGUCCACUCGUUCCACUCGUUCCACUCGCUGUGCGCCUGCCAAUGUCAACCGUCGCGAGGAUUCUUCAGAGCCUGAUGAUGAUUUGACACCUGCUGCGCAACGAAAGCGCGAAUCCCCUCAACGCCAUGUCGGUCGAUUUCGCCCACACUCUUAUGAGUUUUGCACGCAAAAAUGUCUUUUGAGUUUGCAGCGCAGCGAUGUCUUAGACCCACAAUGCCCAAAUGUGAAGCUUCAUCGAGCUGUCCUGAAGACCGACCGUCACCCAAUCCGAGCCGCUGAAUUAGUCUCCUUGGUCAAGCAACGGUUGGACAAGAACCUGGACGAAUACUAUACUCUAUUCGGCCAAUGUGGGUCAUACGGCGCACCAUUCAAAGUCACAUGUGCCGCAUACGGCUACACAGUGGUGGGGAAGGGCACAACUUCACAGCUAUGGCAUGAGGUAUUGCAGGAAGCAGAGAUCUAUCAUAUUUUGCAGAGCAUUCAAGGCUCUGCAGUGCCAGUGUUUCUGGGGCUUCUCAAUUUGGCUAAGAUUUACUUCCUCCACGGUGCAGGUGAGAUUCGCCAUAUGCUACUAAUGAGCUGGGGGGGGGAAGAAAGUAUUCUAUCAUUGGGUAUCGUGCAUGACGACCUUCGCCCAGAGAAUCUUUUGUGGAAUGAAGAACUACAACAAGUAUUGAUUAUCGAUUUCCACCAGUGUCACUUGAAUCAUCAACUACUACUUCCAAAGCCGACUUCAGUAGAAAACGACACUUGA